UUAUUUCCAUAGUUAUUAUUUUGCAGAUUUACAAGGCAAUGGCAGCUUCUUCUUAUCCUUAUUGGCUCAGACCUCACUUCCAUGCAGAUCCCAGCAGAAAAUGAACAAUGGAAAUAUGACGAACGUGACAUCUGGAUUAGAGAGUGUGACACCAGCCUCUUUACAGGAUGAUCCUCUGCUGACUAUGAAACCAAUCACCAGUAAAUCUCAGAUGCACUUUUCAAACUCUGCCACUGUCCCACCCAAGAAAAGUUUAAAAAGCACAUUUAAAUCCAGAGGUGGUAAUCUAAGUCAAACACAACCAAAAGUGUAUCAGUGUUCUGAAUGUGGCAAACAAUUCCCAGGAAUGGGCACUCUUCAGAUCCAUACAAGAUUUCACACUUUAGAGAAGCAAUAUUGCUGUUCAGAAUGUGGAAAAGUAUUUGCCUCCAAUAGCCACCUUGAGAUUCACAGAAGAGUUCACACAGAAUUUAAUCCAUGUUGUUGUUCUGACUGUGGAAAGCUAUAUUCACAAAAGGGUUCUCUUCCGAUCCACACAAUUGGUCAUUCUGCAGAGAAGCCAUAUUGCUGUUCAGAAUAUGGAAAAGUACUUGCCUCCAGUAGCCACCUUGAGGUUGACAGAAGAGUUCACACUAAAAAGAAGCCAUGUUGUUGUUCUGACUGUGGAAAACUAUAUUCACAAAAGGGUGCCCCUCCGAUCCACACAAUCGGGCAUUCUGGAGAGAAGCCAUAUUGCUGUUCAGAAUAUGGAAAAGUACUUGCCUCCAGUAGCCACCUUGAGGUUGACAGAAGAGUUCACACUAAAAAGAAGCUAUGUUGUUGUUCUGACUGUGGAAAGCUAUAUUCACAAAAGGGUGCUCUUCCGGUCCACACAAAAGGUCAUUCUGCAGAGAAGCCAUAUUGCUGUUCAGAAUAUGGAAAAUUUACCUGGUUUAAUCACAAAAGAAUUCACAAUGUAGAGAAACCAUAUUGCUGUUCAGAAUGUGGAAGAAGAUUUACCCAGUUAAACAGUCUUGAGACCCACAAAAGAAUUCACACUGUAGAGAAGCCAUAUAUUUGUCCUGAAUGUAACAAACGAUUCAUCAGUGCCACAAAUCUUCGCAUCCACAGAAAAAUUCACACGAAAGAGACGCUAUAUUAUUCUUCUGGACAUAGAAAAUGACUCACCCUUCAUUACAACAGAAGAACUCACAUGGGACUGAUAAACUACUAAUAAACUGUUGACAAAGAGUACAUCUGUAAAAAUAACAGGAUCUUCUGGAGUUAAUUAAAAGCAUGCAAUAAAAUCCAAUCUCCUAAUUUUCUGUAAGCUUUUCUAAGACUGUUUAUAUCCAGACUUUGCUAUGUAUUUUAUUUUCUAUUAUACUUUCUUCUAUUUGGUUCUGUUAUACAUUAAGAAAUGCCAUGUUGCUUUUACAUUUUCUAUACUUUGCUUUAAUCUAGAAUGAUUGAAAUAAUAAGUGGUACCAAGCAUGGUGAAGAUUGUUACUUUCUCAUGCGCAGGGGUCAUUAAGGCUUCAAUAAUUAGAACACCUUUGUUAAAAGUAAGACAUUGUUUGGUUGGUAAGUGGCACAUAACCAAAAGAGUUUCUGUGUGAUGCUGUUUGUUAGUGCUGGUGAUAGUGAAUCCCUAUAUAGAGAAUCUUAUGCAGAAUAUUGUGGAGUGGCUUUUAUCUGGACAGGAUUGCGAUGUGUGUGCGUUUUUGUGUGUUAGAAAAGGAUGUUCAGUCUUCAACGG